CUCGCUGCUCCUCCUCGUUUGUCUUCCCCGUCCAUAUAAUUCCCGGGGAAAGUACCUUUCGUUUUCUCUCCCAAGUGUCCAGUGAUUGAUUGAUCAAUUUACUCUUGUCUCGUACAUCUAGUGCGACCCUUGACCCUUCUCCAACCCCCCUCCGAUACACUUCGCCACGCACAUCAUGUUGGGUCGUUGCGGACGACAGGCUUCGCGCCUACUCCCGCGCACUGCGAAGCCGGCCUUCGCGCUUCCUCGUCCCAUGCGUGCAGCGGUGGCCUCUUUCCCUUCGACUACCAUUGCUCAAUCUCGCUCGGUCUCCUCCUCUAGCCCCGAAGUUCAGCAAAGUUUGCUCUCCGCCCAUCUCGAAGAUUCCGACCCCGCCAUCUACCAGAUCCUCCAGAAGGAGAAAAAACGCCAACAACAUUUCAUCAACCUCAUCCCCUCCGAGAACUUCACCUCCCAAGCCGUCCUCGAUGCCUUGGGCAGUGUUAUGCAGAACAAAUACUCCGAGGGGUACCCCGGAGCUCGUUACUACGGAGGCAAUGAAUUCAUUGAUCAGUCUGAGCGCCUCUGCCAGCAGCGCGCGCUGGAGACCUUUGGUCUCAACCCGGAAGAGUGGGGUGUGAAUGUUCAGCCGCUGUCCGGCUCUCCUGCCAACCUAUACGCCAUCUCCGCCGUCCUCAACACGCACGACCGCUUGAUGGGUCUGGACCUGCCCCACGGCGGUCACUUGUCCCACGGCUACCAGACUCCGACCAAGAAGAUUUCUUUCAUUUCGAAGUAUUUUGAGACCUUGCCUUAUCGGUUGGAUGAGUCGACGGGCCUCAUCGACUAUGACAGCCUUGAGAAGCAGGCUCUCCUGUACCGCCCCAAGAUGAUCAUUGCGGGUACCUCGGCCUACAGUCGCUUGAUUGACUACUCCCGUAUGCGCGAGAUCGCCGACGCGACUGGGGCGUACCUGCUCAGCGACAUGGCCCACAUCUCCGGCCUGGUUGCCGCCGGCGUCAUUCCCUCGCCGUUCAACCACUCUGAUAUCGUGACGACGACUACCCACAAGUCCCUGCGUGGUCCUCGCGGCGCGAUGAUCUUCUUCCGCAAAGGUGUCCGCCGGACGGACAAGAAGGGAAACCAGGAGCUGUACGACCUGGAGAAUCCAAUCAAUGCCUCCGUCUUCCCCGGCCACCAGGGCGGGCCCCACAACCACACCAUCACCGCCUUGGCUGUGGCGCUGAAGCAGGCGCAGUCGCCCGAGUUCAAGACCUACCAGCAGACUGUGCUGGCUAACGCACAGGCUCUGUCGGAGCGCUUGGGUUCGCCCCUCAGCAGCGGUGGCCUCGGCUACAACAUCGUGUCCGGCGGCACUGACAACCACCUGGUCCUGGUGGACCUGAAGAACCGGGGAGUGGAUGGCGCGCGCGUGGAGCGGGUAUUAGAGCUUUGCGGCGUCGCCAGCAACAAGAAUACGGUGCCCGGAGACCGAUCGGCCUUGAAGCCCGGUGGUCUGCGUCUGGGUACGCCGGCAAUGACGACGCGGGGCUUCCAGCCGGAGGACUUCCGUCGGGUGGCUGACAUCGUGGACCGGGCGGUGGUGAUCACGCAGAAGCUGGACAAGGCCGCGAAGGAGAGCGCGACGGCCAAGGGAGUUAAGAACCCGAACACGGUGAAGGCUUUCUUGGAUUACGUAGGCGAGGGUGAGGAGAUCUCCGAGAUCGUCCAGCUGCGCCAGGAGGUUGAGGACUGGGCGGGCACGUUCAGUCUGCCCUGGGCCAAGGACGAGUAGUUCAGUCGGUGUCUGUUGAUAGUUGUGUCUUUUUUCUCUCUUUUCCAUUUCCCACGUGUCUGCGAAGAACCAUAUCCCUCUUAGAUGAAUGAAACCUGAUGU